UGAGAAAUUUCUCCUCCGCACGGCAAAGCAGAAGACAGAUGCGGAGCGGAGCGAUGCGAAGGCCGUGCAGUCUCUUAAAGCCCCGUUAAAUUUGAAAAAAUAAGCCGUCGAGUGAGUUGUUUUCUGAGAGCUGGCAUGUAAACCACGCUGCGAUUUUUCUGACACUCACUUUUUUGGUGCGGAAGUCAAUCUGUGUCGAAGAACGCAGGCUGGCAAGGUUAGGAGGCCGCUGCUGCGUCUGCUAAGGCAGCAAAUUAGGCGGGCCAGCUGUGGGUUUGUUUACCUACAGCCGCUAGACUCACAUCUCACAUGGAACAACGAGAUGAUGCCAGCACUAACACAUCCAUCGAUGAUAAAACAGAAGAUUUUGGUGACAACCCUACGCGAGACACUCUAGCCGACGGACUGCUGGGCUUGUUGAGACCCACUGUCGAGCAACUUGACGACAGAGUGAAAGCCACAAGGAUCAGCCAAGGGGAACUGAAACAGCACCUUGAUAGUCUAUCAGAUGAAAUAAAGCAGCUUUCCGAACAUCAGGCCUGUCCCUUAGAUCUAGAAAAAUAUAUUCGUAAGUUGAACGAUGCUAAAGCAAAAAUUACUGUUGUGGGCAACAUCUUGCAAUCAUCACAGGACCGUUUAAUAAAACUUACUCAGCACAUAAACAAGGAACAAAACCGUCGAAAAGCAUUGAUUGAACCAACUUCAAAUAUAACUCCAAGUUCAACCCCAUUGGAACCAACUUCUACAUCUAACUAAUCAUUGGCAGAAUCCUUUUUUAAUAUUGUAUC